GCUCUCAUUUUGAUUCUCUUACUUGUGAACUUUGUUGUGGGAGUUCUGAGUGCUGAUAAGUAUAGCAGAGAUGAUUUUCCAAGUGAUUUUGUUUUUGGUUCAGGCACCUCUGCUUAUCAGGUGGAAGGAGCCGCUAACGAAGAUGGAAGAACUCCUAGCAUCUGGGAUACCUUUGCCCAUGCUGGUUAUGUGCAUGGAGAAAAUGGAGAUGUAGCCUGUGAUGAGUACCACAAAUAUAAGGAAGAUGUGCGGCUCAUGGUGGAAACAGGCCUUGAUGCCUAUAGAUUUUCCAUUUCUUGGUCGAGACUUAUACCAAAUGGUAGAGGACCCGUCAAUCCCAAAGGGUUACAGUACUACAACAAUCUCAUCAAUGAACUCAUCAGCAAUGGAAUCCAACCACAUGUCACGCUACACAACUUUGAUCUUCCACAGGCACUUGAAGAUGAAUAUGGAGGAUGGGUCAGUCGUAACAUCAUAAGAGAUUUCACAGACUAUGCAGAAGUGUGUUUCAGAGAGUUUGGUGACAGAGUAUUGUAUUGGACUACUGUGAACGAGCCCAAUGUGUUCGCCAUAGGCGGUUAUGAUCAAGGAAAUUCCCCACCUCAAAGAUGUUCUCCACCAUUUUGUGUUACAAAAAGCACUAGGGGCAACUCAACAACUGAACCCUACUUGGCAGUUCAUCAUAUUUUGUUAUCGCAUUCUUCAGCUGUGAGAUUGUACAGAAGAAAGUACAGGGAAAAACAACAUGGAUUUGUUGGUAUCUCUGUCUACACAUUUGGGUUCUUUCCUCAAACAAAUACAGAAAAAGACAGGGCAGCAUGUCAAAGAGUCCGUGAUUUUGUUAUUGGUUGGAUUUUGGAACCCUUGAUGCAUGGAGACUAUCCCAUUUCCAUGAAGACAACUGCAGGUGCAAGAAUUCCAGCCUUCACAAGUCAUGAAUCGGAACAAGUUAAGGGUUCAUGUGACUUUAUAGGUGUCAUUCACUACACCAAUUCUAAUGUCAGUGACUAUUCUGACGCCCUGAAGAACAAACUAAGAGAUUACAGCACAGAUAUGGCUGCAUGGCUUUACUGUAUGACUAACUGGCUUUACUUGAUUCAGUAUCCUGUCACACCAUGGGGUUUACGGGAAGAACUGAAUAAUUUCAAGCUCCAUUAUGGCAAUCCUCCUAUAUUCAUUCUUGAAAAUGGUCAAAGGACAGCUAGCAAUUCGUCGCUUCAAGAUAUGUCAAGGGUGAAAUACAUGCAUGGAUACAUUGGUGGCGUGCUUGAUGCCUUAAGAAAUGGAUCAAAUAUAAAGGGGUAUGUCGCGUGGUCUUUCCUGGAUCUGUUCGAGUUGCUGGAUGGAUACAAAUCAAGCUUUGGUCUAUACUAUGUUGAUCGUGAUGAUCCAGAGUUAAAGAGAUACCCAAAGCUCUCUGCAAAAUGGUACAGCCGGUUUUUGAGGGGUAGAAGCACAUCCAUAGUUGAAGCUAUUGAACUUGAGAUAGAUCCAUCUCUUGUUUCUGUUGACCACUUAUUUGAGUAGUUUCUCUAAUAUUGUUUUCAUCCCUAAAUAAUUACAUAGUGAUGUUCCUAGCUAUGCUUAUUUUCCCACUUUUGUACAUAUAUAAAAUAAGAAUUUAUUUGGGGGAAGCCUAU